ACAAAAGCAGAUGAGUUUGAAGAUAGUUUGUUUGGUCGUUUUCGAACCAGUGUGAAGUGAAAUGUUCCAGUCCGGUAAUAUGCAGAAUAUAGACACGGAGAAGUUUAUCGACGAAGUUCGAAUGCGGAGAGCCCUCUGGGAUAGAACCUCAGAGGAGUACCGUGAUAAAACAUUACGAUUUCUUCACUGGGAGGAUUUGUGUACCGUCAUGAUUCCAGAGUUCGGUGGAAUGACUCCCAGUGAUAAGUUGAGUACAGUUCUUGAGGUCCAGAAAAAGUGGCGACAGCUCAGAACUGCUUUAAAUGAAUCUUUAAAACUGUCUGACAACAGAAGAAGGCCGUUCGUUUCCGAGGAGAAUCUUUCGUUUUUAAAGUCACCUGCAAAACAAACGAUCGACAGCGAUUGUAAGGACGAUGACAGUAGGCAACCGAGACAAACGAAUUGCGUACAGAAGAAAUAUAAGAGAUGGGAUGAAAGCGAGGACAUGCAUUUCUUUCGGACAUUGCUGCCACUGAUUAGGCCGCUAUCGGUGCGACAGAAGAUGAAAUUUCGAAUGGAAGCAAUGAAAAGAGCUCUGGAGUUUUCGGAGAAUAUCGGGUCUUCUUGUUCUCAGACACCAGCAGCUCGAGUGCCGUCUAUUCCCAGAGAAUCUGUUCUGAACACAGAACAUUCCGUGCCUACUCCCGGAUUGAUCGUAAAAAGAAGUCCAUCACUAAAUGAGGUCAAGAUAGAGCCUGGUUUAACUUACAAAGAUGAUGUUUAACAAAUGUGUGUCAUAUUAUUUUUAAAUAGAUGUUUUUA